AUGGUGGCUGAUAUGGAGGAUCGGGUUUAUCAUUUUGUGGCUGAUUUAGGGCCACAUUUGAUUGACAAUUGUACGACGGCUACAUUACAACCGGACAUGGAUAUUUUUCAUAUACAGGCUUAUACGCAGAAUCUGGAGGAUCGUAAGAAUCAGCGGAGGAUGGAGCGUGAGCGUGACCGGAGCUAUGGGAGUGCACCUCUGCGGUUUCCAGGUCCGAGAUUUGACAAGUCUUCUUAUUUUGGAGUGAGCCAGAGUUCUCGAGCAUCAGGUUCUCAGUACAGACCAGCAUCAGGCCAGGUGAGACCACCCUUGCCCCGGUGUGCCCAGUAUGGUAGGCAACAUGCCGGACAGUGUCGACUGGGAUUAGGCGCUUGUUAUGCUUGUGGUCAGCCAGGCCAUAAAAUGAGAGAGUGGCCGACGAGGGUUGGCGUAGGCAUUUUUCAGCCUACGGGGUCAAUAGCUGGUUCAUCUUCAUCUAUACGCCCUCCAGGGCAAGGUUUGCAGACCCCAGCAGGACAAGGUAGAGGAAGGAGCGGAGCAUCUAGCUCGAGUGGGCCUCAACACCGUGUCUAUGCCCUAGCCGGUAGACAGGAUCGUGAGUCGUCUCCUGACGUUGUCACAGACGAUAUUAUGGUUUAUUCACCAUCAGAGGCUGAGCAUGCAGAUCAUCUACGCGCAGUGCUUAGAGUUCUUCGAGAUAGAUAG